AUGGAGGAGGAGGAGGAGGAGGAGGAGGAGGAGGAGGAGGAGGAGGAGCCCCAUCGUGGACACGAGGGUGGCGGACGCCAUCUGGAGGACGCCGGCGUGGGCGGAGAAAGCUCACUGCGCCGCGCAGGUCGCCCACGCCGUGGCCCCGCCCAUCGUGAACACGAAGGCGGCGAAGGCCAUCUGCAGGACGCUGUCAUCGACCCUGCUGCCCGCAGACACCCUGGCCCCACAGGCGGCGCCGAGGCUCAUGCCGCCGGCGACCGCCGCCCCCACGGAAGGCAUGGAUCGUGCCCGGCCAGCAGGUGGAGCACGGCGCUGCACGCCAGCGUCGGUGCCUGGGCUACGGUCACGGUGCCUAUGACCGCCCGCUGGCGGUAG